CAGAAUAUGUCGUUGACCAACACAAAGACGGGCUUUUCUGUAAAGGACAUUUUGGACCUUCCUGACACGAACGAUGAAGAAGGAUCUAUCACCGGGGCUGAGGAAGAUACCGAGGGUUCGGAGCCAACAAAAACGGCUGGAGUGUUGGUGCAAAGUCCGUUAGAAAAUGUUCAGAAUCUACCUUUAAAGAACCCCUUUUAUGAUAAUAGUGACAAUCCUUAUACCAGAUGGCUUGCCACCACGGACAGCAUUCAAUAUUCAUUGCACGGUCUUUCCGCUAAUUCACAGGAGUCUUCAGCCAAAUCUCCGGAACCCUCCGCAGACGAAUCGCCAGACAACGACAAGGAAACUUCAAGCAACGGCAGUGACUCCGGUAAGAAGCGAAAAAGGAGAGUGCUCUUUUCAAAGGCGCAGACUUACGAACUCGAGCGCCGGUUUAGGCAACAAAGAUAUCUCUCAGCGCCAGAGAGGGAACACCUCGCGAGCUUGAUUCGACUGACUCCAACCCAAGUGAAAAUCUGGUUCCAGAACCACCGGUACAAAAUGAAGAGAGCUCGCGCAGAGAAAGGUAUGGAAGUGACCCAUCUCCCCUCUCCUCGGCGGGUUGCCGUGCCUGUGUUAGUCAGGGAUGGCAAACCAUGCCAUACUCUAAAAGCUCAGGACUUGGCGGCCACUUUUCAGGCUGGAAUCCCCUUCUCGGCGUAUAGUGCCCAGUCGCUUCAACACAUGCAAUAUAACGCGCAUUACAGCGCCGCCACCACGCCACAAUUCCCCACAGCGCACCACCUGGUUCAAACGCAACAGUGGACUUGGUGA